AUUAAAGGACAAAUUAAAAUUAAAUGUCCUCAAAGGCACGUAAGAGUCUCUAUUAUGCAUUACAGGAUAGUAUUCCUAAGUACCCCUCACCAUAAUUAUGUGAGAGGCCCAUAUGAUAGAUCAUUGAUUUUUUUUUAUGAUCUUUGUAAUAAUGUCACUUUUUUAUUUUCUUCAGAAUGUAUUUUAAAUACAGUUAGGCCCUACUGUUUUAGACUUCAAGCGAAGGGCACACCUACCCCACCCCGCACCCGGUUCUUUCGGACCUGUGUUGAAAGAUGCAAGUUUGCGCUUAACACGCAUAACGUCAUAAUCUAUUUUUGACAAAGUAUAUUAGCGAUCGAGACUACAUUUUCUGAAAUUCGUCAAGGGAAAUAACUUUAACAAAUAAAGAAAAAUCUUUCGCUUGGAAAAAACAGUUUUGUGCUGACUUCCGUAUUUGUUGGUGUUGCACAUGUUUGAGUAAAUGUUGUCAAGGAUUAUAUAUUCUAGGCUACUGUCAGGCUUAGCAUUCAAAAAUUUAAAGACGAUGUCGACAGCACUACCGUCUGUGUAUGUCAGAUGCAUUCCAGACGAGGAGAGAAUGCAAAUAAGCGUCAAUUACGAUCGUGGAGGCGGACACAAAGCUAAGACCUUUAAUAUGGAGCGACCACAGCAAGAGACCUUGAGUAAAGCUCUAAUUCGAUUGCAGCAAAAUAUACAGAAAGGCAUUUUCAAACGUAACAAGAAAAAGGCCCCGAAGGAGGUAGUAGGAGAAAUAGGGAUUCAACUUCUUAUCAAUGGGGAUUCUGUCGAAGACGAUCUUCCCAACAAUAAAGCCUGGGUUGACGGAGCAGAACUUCACAUUGGUGAUCACAUUCUGACAGUCGGUGUGAAUUUACCCACAGUGUCGGCACUUUCCAUGCCAUCAAACAUCAUGGCUGGUUUUCCAAUAUUUCCAAGAAUUGAUGUGGAAUUUGCAGAUCUAAAUAAGUGUGUUUUUAAAUGGGUAAGAGUUGCUCGUGAUCAGACGGAUGAAUCUCACGAACAUGGGGAAACAUCUUCUGGUAUUAGUAGUCCGAAUGAAGCUGACGUACAGGUUUCUUGUUAUCUUGUUUAUACACCAUCCACAGACGAUAUCGGACACCAUUUAAGUUUAACAUGUUUCCCCCAAAAUGCCAGUAGGACGGGAAGAGAACUGUCAUGUGUAUCAAAAGUUGCAGUUGAUGCUGGACCUGGAGUUUGUCCUUUCGACAACAGACAUCUGUAUACACCAAGUGAAGUCGGUGCUGGCUGUUUCCGAGUGAUGACAUAUAACAUCUUAGCUGACUUGUAUGCAGACUCUGACUUCAGCAGAGAACACCUGUUCAGCUACUGCCCUCAUUAUGCCCUCGCCAUUGACUACCGGAAGCAGCUGAUACUGAAGGAAAUAAGUGGGUAUAAAGCGGAUAUUAUAUGUCUACAGGAGGUAGACAGGAAAGUUUUCCAAGGUUGUCUGUUGCCGGCACUAGAUCUCCUUGACUACGGAGGAUGGCUGAAACUGAAAGGUGGAGAGGUCAACGAGGGGUCAGCAACAUUCUACAGGAGAUCCAAGUUUAAACUGUUUGACCAAAAGGAUGUGAUUCAGUCGACAUUUCUGAAGGAAGAUUCUAUAAACAAGGAUAUAUGGGACGUGGUGUGUUUGAAACCAGCUCUGAAGGAAGCCAUUGAACAGAGGACAACAGCUCUCCAGGUGACCGUCUUAGAGAGCCUGGAACAUGAGGGGCGGUGUCUGUGUGUGGCCAACACUCACUUCUACUUUCACCCAGACGCUGACAACAUCCGCAUUAUUCAAGCAAUACUAUCACUGAGGUUUAUUCACAAGAUAUGCAAUGAACUCGCUGAAAAGGGCAAGUCGGUCGCCGUGGUGUUCUGUGGAGACUUCAAUGCUUCUCCCAAAUCCGGAGCUGUUGAGCUGAUAACAAACGGCAGUAUAGCAGCUGAUCAUUGUCACUGGAAGUCUGCAAUAGAAGACAGAAAUGUACAGCUUGCCCUGUCACAUGACCUCAAACUCGUCAGCUCGUGUGGGUAUCCCGACUACACGAACUUCACCAACGGUUUCUUUGGGACGCUGGAUUAUAUUUUCUCUGACUCUGCCAGGCUCUGUGUUGACCGAGUGAUACCGAUGCCGGAACACGCCGAAGUGACUAUGCAUGUGGCUCUACCAAGUAUAGUGCACCCUUCAGACCACAUCGCACUUGUCUGUGACUUGAAGUGGAAAGAUUGAUAAUCAUUGUGUAAACAGUUGCCUUGCCAGUCAGAGGCAACAGAUUAAAACAAUUUGUAUAUGUUAUACAGACUAAUGGACCAUUCAGACUUUUUACAGUUAAUAUUUUCAUGUUCAUAUAAACCAGUCAAUUUUCGAAAGUGAAUGGCCCCUAACUACAUGUAUAAACAGAGAAGGAACUCUUGAUAAAUUCUGAAGGGCUGUAUAAAGUAGUAGUCUACUUGUCAAAUGUGAGUGAAAAUUCUUAAUACUGUUCCCAAAGGGCAGCAGAAAGUAGUCCACUUGUCACAUGUGAAUGAAAAUUCUGAUGGAUGAGUUAUAGAAGAUACACAAGUUGAUAAAAGUAUGAAAUCCGAGGCUUGCUGAGGAUUUUUAUACUUUUAUCGAGUGCUGAUAAAUUAUGAUAUCAUAAAACACUCGGGGGUAUUCUUUUUAUCAUCCAUUAUCAUUCUUUUCAUUUACGACAGUUGUAAACAGUGUCAGUAAUGCGAGUUGAAUGUCACUAUAUUUGGCAAUGGAAGAUUUGUUAGCUAGCAGAACGGCGUCACUAAUGAUAGGUUUAAUGCUGAAACAAACACAGUGACGUAACAAAAUAUUUUCUUGUGAUUAAAAUUUGACCAAUCAAGAUUAUAAGAAGCGAUAUCUCUUGUGGAGAAUAUUGCAGGAGAUAUUGCAAAUUAUAGUGCCAGCGAUAUUUCCUACAAACGCCUUUAAUGGAUGUUAAAAAAAUAUAACCACAAAUCCGAUGGCGACGUCUUUUUUUCUUUUUCGGAUACUGCAAAUAAAGCAUUCAUUUUUCAUUGAUUCCAAUAUUCCACAAAUCACAAAUUUGAACUGUCUAAAACUGUCGGCAUUCUGCCAGACUAGUAAAUGUUGUAGUGUGACGGACCAGUGAUAUAUUUUCCACCCCAAUCUUGUUCUCGCUCUAGUGGUGGGACGUAGCUCACUGGUAAAGUGCUCGCUUGAUGUGUUGUCGGUCUAGGAUCGAUCCCCGUCAGUGGACCCAUUGGGCUAUCUCUCAUUCCAGCCAGUGCACCAUGACUGGUAUAUCA